CCGGGAAUUUUAUAGGGCCGCCUAAGUGAAGCCCCGCCUCAGUUGUCAUGGCUUUUAGGUUUCCCGUGUCAUUCCUUCUCCUGUCACCACUUCGUAUAGCUGCGAGGAGCGGAGUCUGGAGCAGAGCCAUGUCCAUCAAAGUAGGAGAUUCACUUCCUGAAGUGCUGGUAUUUGAUGGCGGCCCAGGAAACAAGACUAGCCUGAAAGAUGUGUUUGGUAGUGAGAAGGGGAUUCUGUUUGGUGUCCCAGGAGCUUUCACCCCAGGGUGUUCCAAGACACAUUUGCCUGGAUACGUGAGUCAAGCCGAGGACCUGAAAACGCGUGGGGUGAAAGUCAUUGCUUGUAUCUCUGUCAAUGAUCCCUUUGUUAUGAAGGAGUGGGGAAAUGCCCACAAUGCAGAAGGAAAGGUGCGGAUGUUGGCUGAUCCCACUGGGGACUUUGUCAAGGCUGCUGGAUUAGGAUUGAACAAAGAAGAGCUGCUCGCUCUCUUUGGGACCCAAAGGUGCCAAAGGUUUUCCCUGAUAGUUGAUUGUGGGAAGGUGAAAGCUAUUAACGUGGAGGAAGAUGGCACUGGUCUGACCUGCAGUCUGGCUGGAAACAUAUUGUCUCAACUCUAAACUGGAAAUGUACAUAUUCAUGGAAAUGUCAUUUGUUUGUAGAAGUAUAACACUGCAAAGAACUUAGUAUCAGGACUGGUUGUAUAAUAUCCAACAAUUAUGUAUUAAAGGCAAUAGCAAAUAUUUCUCCUGC